GGGAGGACUAGAGAUGCUCGGCCCAAAGAGUUGUUAAGGGGGGUGGAACAAAGCUCUUAAGGAAAAUCUGUGGGGAAAAGGAACCAUCUUUAACCUUAAUCGUUCGUGUAGAUUUGGUGGGUGAAACGUGAAAUCUUGAAAUGGGGAUGGCCCAAUUUGAAUGAGGUUUUGUUUUCAGGAAUCGAUUUCCAUACUCUGAUUUCCCGGUCAAGAACCACGACAGACGAAAACCUUGCGAAAGAGGGUCUUAGAAGAUGCAGAGAUUGAAAUCGUUAUCAGUGCUGAGUCGUUUGUUGCAGAGGCAAUCUCAUCAUCGCUACGCCACCAUUUCUGCUCAGCCCCACAACUACUCUCAACACAACCAUUUUCAAGAACAAGUUUUAGUGGAAGGAAGAGCUUUCUCGAGAGCUGCCAUACUUAACAGGCCAUCUCAGCUCAAUGCUAUCACUACGUCUAUGGCUGGUCGGUUACAACGACUUUAUGAGUCAUGGGAGGACAAUUCACACAUUGGGUUUGUCAUGAUGAAGGGUAGUGGUAGGGCAUUUUGUUCUGGUGCAGAUAUGGUAACCAUCUAUCGUCUGCUUCAAGAAGGCAAUGUUGAAGAAUGCAAAGAAUUUUUCAGGAUGUUCUAUCGGUUUAUAUACCAUUUGGGAACAUAUUUGAAGCCAAAUUUGGCUAUCAUGGAUGGUAUCACAAUGGGUGGUGGUGCAGGUGUUGCUGUUCCUGGAAUGUUCCGCAUUGCAACUGACAAGACUGUUUUUGCAACUCCAGAAGUUCAAAUGGGCUUCCAUCCAGAUGCAGGGGCUUCAUUUUAUCUUUCUCGUCUGCCUGGUUAUUUAGGUGAAUUCUUGGCUUUGACUGGAACAAGGCUUAAUGGUGCUGAACUGGUUGCAUGCGGCCUUGCUACUCACUAUUCACUAAACGCAAAACUUGCGUGGGUUGAAGAACGCCUUGGUCAAUUGAUGACAGAUGAUCCUUCUGUUAUAUCAGAAUCUCUUGCUCAAUAUGGCGAUCUUGUUUACGUGGAUAAAUCCAGUGUUCUUCACAAGAUUGAAAGAAUAGAUAAAUAUUUUUGCCACGACACUGUUGAGGAAAUUGUGGAUGCUUUAACAGCAUCAGAAGCUACUGAUGCAUUGUGUUCGACCGCUCUUAAGAAAAUGAGGGAAGCCUCCCCUUUGAGCUUAAAGAUCACUUUGCAAUCCAUAAGGGAAGGGAGAUUCCAACCUCUCGAUCAAUGUCUGGCUCGUGAAUAUUCUACAUCAUUGUGUUUCAUCUCCAAACAGGUCUCUGGAGACUUGUGUGAGGGUAUUCGAGCAAGACUAGUUGACAAGGACUUUGCUCCCAAGUGGGAUACUCCGAGUUUGGAAGCAGUAACCAAAGACAUGGUUGACUGCUAUUUUGCUCAACUUCCCGAUUCAGAGCCCGAGCUAAACUUACCUACAGCCUUGAGAGAACCUUUCAUGUGAACGUCAUUUUUCUAAGUUGAUCUGAGGAACGUACGGAUCAGGUUCAUGCUUGUUUUCCAUAUACACCAAGUCUUGCUACCAUAAAAAGAGCCCACAAGUUUCACAUUGGCAAACAAUUUCAAGCUUAUUGUCGUCAUCACAAUUUAUCAGUUGUAUCGAUUUUGGUCGUUAGAUUUCUAAUUACUGCGGAAAUGUAAUUUUGGAUAUUGGGAAGUUAGUUAUAUUUUUUCAUACGAUUAUAAAGCGAAGGAAUGCAAGUGUUCUGAACUGCCAUUCGGAAGUGUCUGUUGGCAGGAGCCGAAAGCAGACACAUCUUUGGCGGAGUUGGUGCUAUCGAACAUGGUUUUAUAGCAUUUCGUGUAUAGCACAACGUUGUUGGUCCUCUUAGUUUCUGGAAAACAUCUUUAAGGUUAACAAGUUGGAACAUAUGUUUUUUGAAGUGUGAAUGUGGUGCUUGCACUCUCAUUUUCAAAACCAUUGCCCUUUUUAAAGCAAAUUUCUACAACCAUUCUCGAAGUGCAAUAAUUCGAUAUUGUUUCGUGUUUCGAUUUUUUACGGUAGAGGGAUAUUUCAUGUUGAAACGACGUGUGAGAUAAUCUUGUAUCGCAAUGAAGCCCGUUAUGAAUUUGUCUCGGAACACAAAUCGGUCACUUCCAAAUAUCACUUCACACGAGAUGCUAACAAGACAUUCUGCUCUUAGAAGAGGUGCAUUUAGAAUGUGGAAAAACGGGAAUGCAAUCGUUAUUUUCGAACUUUGCUAAACUGUGUCGCUUUUAACUUGUGAAGUUGGAGCCCUUCACACUAU